GGGUUCUCUCGUCUUUACGUGAUUCCUGCCGAUAGGUAUUAGCACAGGCAGAUAAUAUGCUUUCUGACAAUGUUGUUCGAGUUUUGCUUUCAUUUCUGCGCACAUACGCCCAUUUCUCGCGGUUUUCCCUCGCACAGAGGUGUGGGGUUAGGGUUCUCCUCUCUGCCUUCCUUUCCCCUCUCCCCGCCUCCCAGCAAGAGAUCUAGGGUUAGGGUUUUGCCCCCUCUGACCCGCACCCUCGCGCCGAGAUGUCCUCCACCUACUGGCGCAGCGGCUACGGGACCAUCCCAACCGCCCCGGAGGCCGCCUCCACCUCCCGCGCCGCGGAGCUCUUCUCCCGGGCCACGGAGCGGGGCCGGGCCCUCAUCGGCACCCGCCGGCCGUGGCGCGAGCUCGCCGAUCCCACCGCCUUCGGCCGCCCCUACAGCUGCGGCGAGGCCAAUGUCCGCCUCCGCCGCAACCUCGCCUACUUCCGCGUCAAUUACGCCCUCAUCGUCCUCUUCAUCCUCUUCUGCAGCCUUCUCUGGCAUCCCGUCUCCAUGAUCGUCUUCCUCAUCGUCUUUAUCGCCUGGUUCUUUCUCUAUUUCUUCCGCGACGAGCCCAUCGUGCUCUUCGGCCGGGCGAUCGAUGAUCGCUUUGUUCUCUUCGCCCUCGCCGUUGUCACCAUCGUCGCCCUCGUCUUCACUCAUGUCGGAUUAAAUAUCCUGGUCUCGCUGAUCAUCGGGGCCGUGAUCGUGGGGUUGCACGCGGUGUUUAGGGUUACAGAGGACCUCUUUCUCGACGAGCAAGAAGCGGCGGACAGGGGAUUGCUCUCGGUUGUCGGUAGUCCGAGUGGCUAUGCCUACGGCCGAGUGUGAUUCUUAUUUCUGAUGGCUUUUUGCGAUUGUGGGUUCAUUCGUGUUGCUCACCCGGGGUCUAGUCGAUGGUUUUGAAGCAAAUUUUCCUGUCUGUGUCUCUAAAAGUUGGAUUUUUGGAGGAAACUGUCCGCACCGACCGUCGUGCCAUUCUGGCAUAAGAGGUAUCCAACAAGACGUACCUAAUAAGCUUGUAAUCAACCCGACAGCUUAUAUAAGAAAUUUCUUGUCCUUCAACCUGCCCCAAUAAGCCUAGCAUGUUAAGGGAGGGAGAUCAAGACAUUAAAGGAUGGGGUGACCUGUUGGCUGUGGGCCUGUGGCAGCAAGGGGCAACCAUGAGCACCAAUGGUUGCUCUGAUGGACAUUAUUGGCAAUGGUGCAGGACCAUGUCUAUGCGUAAUCAGUAGCUUGCAAGUAUUGUAGUGUACAUUUUGGGCACUACUUUGUAGCUCAUGGAGUCAUUUUGGAACCAACGGACAUGGAAAAGUAUUUGACUGAUGGCUUACUUUAAUGAGAUUUUUCCUCAAAGCUUUCCUGGACUGAAAGUUCAAAGCUUGUAAAGGAAAAGAACAGCCUGAUCGGCUAUUGUCAUUGCUAUAUACAAGCCUCCUAGUUUUCACAGGUAAUCCUGACCAACAUUUUAUGAUCAGAGCAUUGAGGAAGAGCACUUUGUUCUGGUUGGGUAGAAUGUAAAUGUGGAACUGCUAUAUCUUAUGUUGUGCAUAAUCCUACGUUUGAUUACCAAAGAUGAUUUUAUCAUGGAUGGCCCCUGGCAUUGAGAGUUCCAUAUCUGCCACCUGCCAAGAUUUUUAUUGUAUUUUUUCAUUAUUAUGAAGAUACAAUCCUUUCUCCUUAGUUUGAGUUCAUGAACAGGUUGAUGGAUUGGAAGAAGCUUCAAAAUGCUCGAAUCUGAAAUGACAGAACAGUACAAAGGCAUAAUUUGACUAGAAAAACUCAACUGCAACGUUGCUUUGGAGUUCUAAUGUUGGAGUAUGCCAGUAUUGCAUCACUCGACUCUCAAUGUGUUUAAGGGAUAUGGAUGGGGAAAAGCUGUUCAGGAUUCGUUGAAAUGAUGAAAGGGAUGACCUCAUCUGCAUAUUGGUAAAUGAUAAGGCUAGACUUCUUACCUUCA